AUGGGCGCCCAUUCUAUUGUCCUUCCAUUUCCUAGCCUGAGCAAAGUUGAGCCAUCGAUUGAUUGGGAAUCGAUCGCGACUCCGCCCCGAUUCGUCCAUGAUGACAAUGCAAAGACUGUUUAUUACACGGUCGAAAAAACCGUUGUUGAUGAUAAAACGUCGAUCGUACCGGAUAACUUACGAGAAGUCACAUUACAUUGUUUAGCAGAAGGAAACCCGAAGCCCAGCUACAAAUGGAGAAAAAACGGCAAACCUUUCCAAGUGUCCGCCUAUUCUGAGAAAGUUGUGCAAAAACCCGGCGAGGGGACUCUCGUUUUCUCAAAGCUAGACCUUGAAGAUGCGGGGAUCUACACGUGUGAGGCGACAAAUGAUAACGGAACUGCCGUCGGACAGCCAAUCCAUUUGGAGCAGACUUGGAUUCGCCACUUCCCCGAUGAUGAGCCAGAAAUUGUGAAGGUUGAACUCGGCGAUCCCUAUUCGCGAAACUGCAGUCCACCAGCCAGCAACCCGACAGCUCGCGUCUACUGGAUUCUGAUGGGAAAAGAACCGGGCCAAUUCGAGACUAUCAACUCGACACAUAUUUCCAGCAAUGAACAGGCCAGUCCUUUUCCCAUUUUCGCCCCGUUUUUGGAGGAGACCCACCACCCGAAUCAUCAAGCCAACAUGGGG